AUGGCCGGGGGACUGUCCGCUAUGUUGGGACAAGCUCACGCGCAAGCGUACGAGGAUGACGAGGACGAGGACGACUACGAAGACGAGGACGAGGACGAAGAAGAAGACGCGGACGCAAGCAUAGAUACCGUCCGGCCAGACACCAUAGGUGCUCAAGGUGGAAAGGACCCUGGUGCCCGUCGUGCGGAGGAGAUCGACUCGAGUGUGCUGGAGGGGCUCGUGGGUGAGGAUGACCUGGGUUUCCCCAUCCCUCUUCGGAUGCGGAAGGGACAUUCCGGCAAUGUAUCAUCCACUGCCGCUAUGACUGGUAAGCGGAAACGAUGA